AUGACUACGAAACCAUUUGCCGAUAUUUCAAAAUUCAGUUCCUUUGUGGAAGAAGAUGAAGUACUUUUUUCGCCGGGAAGUACAUUUCAAAUUAAAGAUGUUGAAUUAUUAUCAGAUGGAAUGUCGUUGAUUAAAUUAAAAUUAUGCUAUGAAGAAUUUAUUGAACAAUUAUUGAAGUCACUUACGAAUCACUUUGAUCACAAGUCACCAUUAAUAAAUUUUGGACAGCUUUUGUAUCAAGCAAAUCAGUAUGAUAAUGCUCAACAUUAUUACGAAUUUCUCAUGAAUACACUACCAUCAGAUCAUGAAUACUAUUCGCUAAUCAACGAGAAACUAAUCAAUAUGAAAAACGAACGAAGUAAGAUCUACAUUUUACUUUAA